AUGAAUCAGAAUCAUACUACACAGGCUAUUCUUAAAACAUUACAACAUAUAAUAUAUAACUCUUUAUUCGAUUAUUGGGGUGAAUCUUUAAUACCUGGAUUAUUAGCAACACUUCUGGAUUUUCGAUUAAAAAUAUUAGCAAAUUGGAGUAAUAAUAUUCAAGAUAUGGCAAAAAAAGAACUAACACAUCAAUUUAAAGAGCUAAUUAAUUUUAAUUCAAUGAAUAUAUCAACAGACUCUAUAGUAUUAAAUGCACCUGAAAAUAAUAACUUUCGUCAUAACCGCUUAUAUUUAUCAAUAUUUAGUAUGGCAAAUACAAGUAAUACAACUCUGAGUCCUAUGGAAGAAUUAGAAUAUUAUUUAGAUCCAAUGCGUACACAUAUUGCUGAUAAUAGUUGA